AUGGCCCAAACCAGUGUGCCUCGGCUUCAUCAACAGAUCUGCAGAGACAGCGUGGGGGUGGAUGUAGUGUCUCAGAGCAGGGGUUCGCUCCCCGCGCCCCUCGCGCUGCCACCCAGCCCUGCGGAGCUUCGUGGCUUGGAGGAGCGAGCAGGGAAGGGUGGUCCCUUCCUGCUGUGGAUGUUACCCUCCACUGUGGGGCUGGAAGGGGCUUAUAAGCUUUUCUGUAGAGUGGGAAAGGCUGCUCUGUUGUCCCUCGGGGCAAGGGGGGAACCUCUGAGAGAAUGCCUCGACACAGCAGUCACUGGGCAUUGCCCAAAGCCCGGCGCAGUUGGGAAGCCUGUGACCCCACGAGCGCGCCGUCCACGCCGGACUCGCUCAGUGCUGGUCUGGGGCUGUGCGUCGGCUUUCAAGUACCUGCGCUUACCUUACGCUUCGUGCAACGCUGUGGCUACAAAGCACAGAAGCUACGGCACCGUCUUUCCAGUAGGCGAUAGCCGCUGCGGGGCGGCGAGUUCGCGGGUACGGCGCCGGCCGGCUGCCGAGUCGGGCGGCUGGCGUGGGAGGGCGGCUGCAGCGGGGGCCGGGGCCGAGGCAGCGCCUGCUCUCGGUUCUCACCGAGCAAAGGCGGCGGGGCCGGCACCCACCCUCUCCUCGCUUCUCCCUCGCGGCAAACUCGCCUGCCUUCGCGCCGAGGGAACCGGCCGCUCGGGCUGGGGACCGGCGACCAGCGGCACUGGCCGGGGGCCGCAGCAGCGGCGCGGGGGCAGGUCCGCCCGGGGCCGCAGCGCGCUGCGCGGGGCGGCUCGUCAGCCGAACGGCGUCGGCCCGCGGGGACCGGCGGGCACCCGCAGGCUGCGGAGCGGCGGGGUGGUGGUGGCGGCAAUAAAACUGGCGUUAAGGGCUGAGGGAAGAUCCAGCUCGGGGGCUUUGACGUUUCUGGGGAAGUUACCGGAGCACCUCCGAGAAACCCGAGUUUCCGCAAGAGUCACGGUAACGAGGGCGGGGGCCGGAGCUGGGACCCUACCCGUUUCGGGCAUUUUAUGGGUCCCCCGCCCCGCCUUGUUUUUCCCGUUUCCCGUUACCGGCGCAGCUUCACUGUCCGAGGUCCGCGGUCCGGCGGGCGCCCGGCGGCAGCUGGUCUAUGUCUUCACCACCUGGCGCUCGGGGUCGUCCUUCUUCGGGGAGCUCUUCAACCAGAACCCCGAGGUCUUCUUCCUCUACGAGCCGGUGUGGCACGUCUGGCAGAAGCUGUACCCUGGGGACGCCGUCUCGCUGCAAGGGGCGGCCCGCGACAUGCUGAGCUCCCUGUACCGCUGCGACCUCUCCGUCUUCCAGCUCUACAGCACGGCGGGCGCUGGCAAGAACCUCACCACGCUGGGCAUCUUCGGGGCGGCCACCAACAAGGUCAUCUGCUCCUCGCCCCUCUGCCCGGCCUACCGCAAGGAGGUGGUGGGCAUGGUGGAUGACCGGGUGUGCAAGAAGUGUCCCCCGCAGCGCCUCAGCCGCUUCCAGGAGGAAUGCCACAAGUAUCGCACGCUGGUCAUCAAGGGCGUCCGCGUCUUCGACCUGGCCGUCCUCGCCCCGCUCAUGCGGGACCCGACCCUGGACCUCAAAGUCAUCCACCUGGUGCGGGACCCCCGGGCCGUCGCCAGCUCCCGCAUCAAGUCCCGGCACGGCCUUAUCCGGGAGAGCCUGCAGGUGGUGAGGAGCCGGGACCCCCGCAUCCACCGCAUGCCCUUCCUUGAUGCUGGCCACAAGCUGGGUGGAAAGAAGGAGGGGGGGGGCGGCUCGGACUACCAUGCCCUGGGUGCCAUGGAGGUCAUCUGCAGCAGCAUGGCCAAGACCCUGCAGACUGCUCUGCACCCCCCUGACUGGCUCCAGGGCAACUACAUGGCUGUGCGCUACGAGGACCUGGUGGUCGAGCCCAUCAAGACCCUGCGGCAGGUGUACGGCUUCGUCAACCUGGCGGUCAGCCCAGAGAUGGAGAAGUUCGCCCUCAACAUGACCAGUGGCCCCGGCUACUCCUCCAAGCCCUUCGUGGUGUCGGCCAGGAAUGCCACCCAGGCGCUGAGCGCCUGGAGGACUGCGCUCAGCUACCAGCAGAUCAAGCAGGUCGAGGAGUACUGCCACCAGCCCAUGGCCCUGCUGGGCUACGAGAGGGUCGGCAGCCCCGAAGAGGUGAAGGACCUCAGCAGAACGUUGCUCAGGAAGCCGACCGCUCUUGGGGGCAGCUAAGCCCUGCCAGGGAGAGAGGAGCCGCUCCGGCUGGCUUGAGUGAGGGAGGGAGCUGGGAAAAGCAACCUGGUUUCCGAUUUCCUCCCAAGACUGCUGAAGGGUAACAUACAGUAAUGUGAUGAUUUCUUUCUUUCUUUCUUUUUUUUUUUUUUCUCAUCCCCCUCCCCGCCCCUGCCUUGCAUUGGGUUAGAUGCGAUUAAAAAAAUAAAAUAAAGUGGAACUGCAAAUAUGUGUAAAGCCCCUUUCCCGUUCUCUAAAAUGCCAGGCAGUGAUUCUGUACCAAAAUCUUGCUUAUGGAGUUCUUGUGGGUUUGAAGAUGGUAACAAAAACUCUUGCACAAUUCCUAACACAUCUUUAUUUCCCUUGGUGCGGAGGGGAUGCCCUUGGAAAGCAUAACACUGAAAAUCAGACUUUUGUAUGAAAGCAAAUGUUCAGACAUGAUAGUAAUAAAAAAAACCCAAUAAAUGAUAUUCAUUUUUAUAAUUACCUCAAUUGUUUGGGAAUUACAGCGUUGCGUAUGUUCAGCUGGAGGGGAUGCUUGCUUAAAAUAGCAAUGUGGACUUUUUAAAGGGUAUGGGUGGAGGGCUGGAGUGCAACGUUUGACGUGUUCAAAGAUGAGCUGCUCUUGCAGAAACAAGUACAGAUCUCACAAAUGUGGUGCAGGUUUUAUGGCUAUGUCAAACAGGUUUCUAUUUAACUAUUGUCUUUUUGUUGUAUUUAAAAAGUCUUUCAAGUGCCACUGUAUUAGUGUCCUGAGAGUUCUAAAACGUUUGCCAUCAUAGCAGUAUUUAUUUUUGUCUUGACAUGUAUGUCCAGGAGUCACUGUCAAAUAGAAGCGGAUCGGCAGCGUGACAAGAAGUGCAGGAUUUAAAAAGACAUGUAUCAUACUGGAAACAUUAGCAUGUGUGAAAACAAAAAUAAAAUUAUAUAUAUUAUAUAUAUUCUAUAGUGCUAACAAUACAUAAGAUAUGUAACGUAUUUCUUGAACGGUGAUUGGUAACAGGCAUAACAGGGAAGCAUAGAAAAUUGGAUAAAAUGAUUUAUUUUUCCCCUUUGUAUAAAUGUCUGAGGGUAUAUUUAUGUACAAGGAGGGAGGAAACGUGCAGCUGUGUGUUCAUAGCUAUAAUGGAGCUUUUACAGAGUAAACCUAGCGUUUGACUUCAGAGCGCUGGUUAGAUACUCGUUUCUUGUGAAUUGUCAUUGCUCUACGGUGGAGCCAGAUGGUGGUCUGGCUCUUUCUGGGAGCUUUGCCUGGAGACUCUGUCCCAUCGUUAAAACUUGAGGAGAAAAAAAAAUAAAAAAAGAGAUUUUACCGCUUCUGCUUUUAUAAUUUCCUGAAAAAGUCCUGGUUUAUUAAAGGUUAAGUGGUGUGUUGCAUAUGAGAAGUGCAGACACCUCAAGCAGUUUUUAAUCUUGGCAGUGUUCUCUGAUGCUCUUUGCAGGCUCAUUUUGGAACUUGAGUUUUUAAACAAAAGUGGUUUUGCCAAACUUCUCUUUGGAGACUAUAGACUUUUCUACAGGAAGUACAUUUUACAUUGCCUAUUUGGGUGUUGUGCCUUCAGAAAAUGUGAAGAGUAUGAAUAGGAAAAAGGAAAUUGAUUUGUGAAAAUAAAUUGAUAUAAACAGGAUGCUGGUAAGUGUGUGUGUGGGUAUGUGUGAAAUUUUAGUGAUGUGUAAUAUGUCUAUUUGUUGUAUUAGUACUUUAAGUUAAACAGGUGAUAACCGGCUACUAAGCGAUUUGAGUUUUUGAUGAAAUUUUGGCAUUAGAUGUUGAACUUUGAAAAGGAAACAUUUAAUAAACUAGUUAAAAGAUUAUUGCAUAA